AGAAUUGAGACACUAGUUAUGCCCCCUUGCUAAUUUGAAUCCACAGGAAUCCACAGUGUGUUGACGUCUUCUCUUCCCUGUUCCUCUAUUCCUUCCAAAAGGCUCAUAUCUCUCUCUCUCUCUCUCUCUCUCUCUCUCUCAUCAUGCCUAUACCUGUUUCAUCACAAAGCUCAACAAUAGCAGAACACCUGGGAUACAGAAGACCAACAAGAAACCACCAAAUCCCAGACCCAGAUCUAGACCCCCAACAAAUGCCUUCUUUAGUCCAAUCCACCCGCUGCAAGUCCACCAUUUCCUCUCUUCUCCUCUCCACUUUCACCCCAACCACCACCCCAACCACAACCACCAAGAACAAGACCACCCCAUCUGGGUCUUCCUUCAUGGGCCUCGGAUGCGCCGCCGCGUCGGCCCAGGUGUCGGUGCCGUCGGUGAUUCGGAGCUCGGCGAAUUGGGAAGAUAACCAGGUGAGGAGGAAGAAGAAGAAACAAAAGAGGAAGAAAACUAGGAAUCAAGAUGUGGCAAUGGGGAGUAGUAGUAAUAACAACGCGUCAAGUUCGAUCGCGGUUGUUGUUCCUGAUGUUUGGUGCGGUCCUGGGAUUGGGUUGACAGCUGAUGCUGCCGCUGCCUCUGUUGAUUGUGUUGUUUCAAGAACGAGAAUGCCUGUCUCUGGAAGAACCAAAGUCGAUACUGAAAACAAGGGGAAUCAGAGGGAGCGAAGUUCAUGUCCUGCAAGGAGAAUGGUGAGACCUGAACCUAUGCUGUCUCUGGAUUCUGAGUAUGCCUUUGGUAUGCGACAUUCGGGAUUAGAUGUAUUCGGAGCAAGGAAUCCGUAUCAUCAUCAUGUUCGACAUCGUUCUCCUGAUAACCUUGAGGAGAUCUUGAUGCUUCAAAAUAGUAUGAUGUUCGGAGGAAGAUCUGAUGGAUUUGAUCGAUUCAGGGACUGGAGAAUUGAUGUCGAUAGCAUGUCAUAUGAGGAAUUGCUUGAGCUUAGUGAGAGAAUUGGGAAUGUGAAUACUGGACUGAAAGAAGAUGAGAUAGUCCACUGCCUAAGGAAAGCCAAGCAUAUGGACAAUUUGUUUUCUCCUUUACCCAAAGAAAUGGAACAGAAGUGCAGCAUUUGCCAGGAGGACUACCAAGCAAACGAGGAGACAGGGAAGCUUGAAUGUGGACAUUUCUACCAUAUUCAAUGCAUAAAGCAGUGGCUCGUGCGGAAAAAUAUGUGCCCUAUCUGCAAAACAGUUGUAGCAACUAAUCAAUGAGACGUUUCAUUCUUCUCCGGCAUCCCUGGUUAUAUUUGGAUUGGAGCGUCUCAGUUCUGUCUAGUGUAUAGUUUUGAUCUCUUGCACAAGCAAGGUUUCAUUAUUUGGUGUGGUGAUUGGUCCUUUUCCAUUCAUUGAAUUUACCAUUCCAGGAUUUUGCGAUUCCAAGCCCGAGUUUCUGUCAUUUGUCCCUACUUUUCCCGACGUUCAAUGUGUAACUUUGCACCCUUCAGUAUCAUUUUCUUUUGCUUAUAUGUUGAAAUGAUUUUGUACUGGUUUUGGAUCUAUUCUGCUGUAUUUCUCUCUCUAGUUUAAUUCAAUUGAUAGAUAAGGAUUCUG